AUGCAUGGGGUGUUGAGGCAGCAGACAGUUGGCGAAGACGUUCUAGUUACCGUCCUGACGGAAGUAGAAUCCAUUCUUAACUCUAGACCACUUACAGAAAUAUCUCAAGAUCCAAGAGAUGAAGAACCGAUAACACCAAACCACCUAUUGCUUCUUAGGAAAGGUCCCGAUGCUCCUGUAGGUAAUUCCAUAGAUAGAUCAGCAUCUUAUGGGAAGAAACGUUGGUUGCAGGUCCAGUACCUGGCUUCAUUAUUUUGGACGCGAUGGCGUAAGGAAUAUCUUCCGCUGCUACAGAAAAGAAAUAAGUGGACUACGCCUAAGGAAAACGUAAUGGUCGAUGAUCUAGUACUUCUAGUUGACGAGACGACGCCCAGAGGUAGAUGGCCUAUGGGCAAAGUAGUUCAAGUGUACAAGAGCAAAGAUGGCCGUGUACGAAGCGUAGAUGUUAGAGUAAACAAUAAUGUAUUAAAGCGUCCAGUCGUGAAAAUCUGCAUCAUAUACCGAUCCUCUAUAGUUAAAGUGUAAAAUUCCCUUUGAAUUUUACAGGGGGGUGUGUUAGAGGUUUCAUAAGGUACUUUAGAGGGCGACAUCGUGUGUCGUCACUUGUCACGUGAUUAUGUGUGACAUCUUUGGCUUGGGUCAGUGGCGUCCUGUAAGCGAGCGGGAUUUGACGUGUUUUUGAACCAUUCACCUGACAUUCUGAUCAUGUACAUUUUAUGGUAUGUUGUUUCUUCAUUUUAUGUACGAAUUAGCUUUAUAUAAAUGAUUACAUAUGCAGUGUUAUAUGUAUUUGGAUAAUGUAGUGAUUGUCUUAAUUAGUUCGUACCCCACUGUGCGAAUCUAGCGUGGGUGCUCUGAUAAUUUGCGACCGAUGCUUGUGUCAAAGGUCAAAUUCAAUGUAAACAAACAUGGCUGCGCCCAUAGGAUUACGGUAGUGAGGCUAUCGAGAUUGCUUAAGCGUUUCGUUAGCAUUGAUUAUUAUUACAGUAUACAAUUAUAUAUUGUUAUGAUUUAUUUUACAUGAUUGUUAUCUAGCUUCUUUAUUAUGACACGUUUAUAUUAUAAGCCUACUGAAGUUUGAUUUAGUAUGGUUAUAUGGUAAUUUCUUUAGCGAUUGUAAUUGUACUUGCUAUCUGUAGUUACU